ACGCGAUAUUAUAAAAAGCGUUGCUUUCGGUCAGUAGUUACAACAAUCAAUUCCAUAGUGAAUGACCAUCAAGGUAGCUGCAUUAAAAGCUUGAAAUAAGAGAGUGAUAAUUCGUGAAAAUGUCGACUCCAAUUAUCCGACCGGCAAGUGUUCCGUACCCCAAUGUGUGGUUAACAUUCGAAGCGCCAGACGACAAUGGUGAUUUGGUGCAAUAUCGCAUCCAAGAUUUACCCGAAGACCGAUUCGAAGAUGCGGUCAAACAUAUGCAAGCAAAUUUUUUGUUGGACGAAUCGUUGUGUCGUGCUAGGAAUAUGGCGAAUGAUGAACAAACAGUUAUUGAUUUUACGAAUAUCUGGCGCGAAACAAUACGCGACUACAAACUAUCGCUGGUGUGCUUUGAAGAGGGUUCGGACGACAUUGUCGGAAUGAACGUCUUGUAUGUUGAAGAGAAAAAUGGAUUGAGUGAUUGGAGUGGGUUCAAGAGUGAACAUAUUAAAGAUAUGGAAAUGACGGCAAAUCAUCUGUUAGAUCAAUUUAAUGUAUUUGAACAUUAUAAAGUCGACCGUUACUUAUCCGCAUUCGGAUUGUCUGUAAUGCCAUGGUACCGUGGUCGAGGAAUAGCAAAGAAAUUGUUGGAGGCUCGGAAAAACAUUGGUAGAGCCUGUGGACUGACCCUAACAUCGAACCUAUUUUCAUCACCAAUAUCGCAACGAUUAGCUGAAAAAGCUGGAUUUGAAAAAAAUUUCGAACUAUCGUUUGAAGAGCUGGCGAAAAAAGGUUCGCACUAUACAUGGAAUGUCAGCAAUAAUUCUACAUUCGCAAUUUAUAGCAUGAGAAUAUGAAAUUGGGGAAUUUAUUAAAAA